AACUAGGGUUAUGUUGCCAAAAUUGACUAAAACAGUAUAGCCAAACACAGUAACGAUUUCUGCUUUUAGAAAGUGUGUAUGUGUGUGUGUGUGUGUGUUGGUGACAUUGAAGCACAUGCCAUUUGUUUUUUUUGGAAUGGGAUUUGAGGUUAGAUUUUACGUUUGUUCUUAGCUGUAAGUUUCUGUUGUUUUUAAUUUAUAAUGAACAGAAAACGGAAAAUCAAAGACUCAAAAAGUGAUGAGUUUGAGUUCGAUCCAAUGCCGAAGCAUAUGGUGACCGCUCAUCUCAAAAACCAAGAAAAAAGGCUGAUUAUAGUCUUACACGAUGCACAACUGGAAACUGUUAAGGUGGGCAACAAGUUCGAGCUGCUAAACUGCGACGAACACACGCAUAUUUUAAAAAAGAAUAACCGAGAUGUCUCCUCCUGUCGACCAGAUAUCACUCACCAGUGCUUGCUUAUGCUAUUAGAUAGCCCCCUUAACAGGGCUGGACUUCUGCAGGUCUAUGUUCGCACUAGCAACAACGUUCUUAUCGAAAUCAACCCCCAAACGAGAAUCCCCAGGACUUUUAAGCGAUUUGCUGGUCUCAUGGUUCAGCUGCUUCACAAGUUUUCAAUAAGGGCGGAAGGAGGUCCCAAACUCCUGAAAGUAAUCAAGAAUCCAUUAGUCGACCACCUUCCGGUGGGAGUGAGGAAAAUUGCCAUGUCGUUUUCGUCAAAAGUUGUAAAGAAUUGUCGCGAUCUGGUUCCAAAGACUGAAGAUCCUAUUGUAAUAGUAGUAGGAGCCAUGGCUAGAGGAAACCUUGACGUAGACUAUGCAGAAGAGACGAUAUCCGUAAGCAAUUACCCUCUGUCUGCAGCCUUGACUUGUACGAAACUCUGUUCAGCCUUUGAGGAAGAAUGGGGCGUAUUGUAAGUAUGUUAGAGAUUGUACAGUUUUAUACAAUUGUAUUAAAUACAUAUUUUAAGUACUA